AUGUCUCCCCCUCCUUCUCCCCCUCCCCCGAACUUCGAGAUCGUCAAGGAGAGCUCAUUUAGGCUGACAGUCUCCCAAGUAUAUAAGGGACAAGUGGCUCCUGCUUCCUGCAUCAUUGUCCUGGAAGCACCGCCAAGCACCACAUCCUCCGACAUGAAGCUGAUCGUCGUCGCCUGCUUGGUCGCCAUGGCCUUGGCUGCUCCCAGACCCCAACACGACGCCUCCAUCGUGGAAGACGAACGCGUCGACCAUGGCGACGGAAACUUCAACUACAACUUCGAACUGAGCGACGGCACCUCCAUAGAAGCUGAGGGAACCCCCAACGAAGCGGGCUCCGUCAACAUCGAGGGAUCUUACAGAUUCACUCUUCCUGACGUGCAGUAGUCGAAAUCACCUACGUGGCCGACGAAGCCGGUUUCAGGCCCCAAGGGGACGUCCUCCCCACCCCCCACCCACUCCCCGCCCACGCCAUCGAGCAGAUCAGAUUCGCCGAGCAGCAGCGCAGAGCGGAACCAGUCGCUGUCGCAUAAAGGAUUUGAUCCUUCGUCGUCGGCGUCCUUCGGGAAUUGGGAUGCAUGAAGCGUUUUCCUUCGCGAUCCUGAAAGUCAAUCUCGUUAUAGGCCUAAUCUGUUCCAUUCUUUGGUCCCGUCUUUAUUUAGUCUCAUUGAAUCUGUUAAGUCCUUAGGACCCCUAAAUCAUUUCAUUGGGAUACUAUCUCUCUCUCUCUCUCUCUCUCUCUCUCUCUCUCUCUCUCUCUCUCUCUC